AUGAGUGAGGGAGUCAAGCAGGAUAUCAACAUUUCCUACUUGAACAUGUCCAUUGUUCAUGAUUUUAAGUUCGAAUCACAUUAUCUAUUUGAAAGUAAUCUGAAAGGCAUAUCUUUGUGCAAAGAUGCGAUUUAUAUCUUAACAGAACAAGCGAAACCAAUGAAAUCAGAGUAUCAUCCACGUGUAUUUUCUCCAUUUGUAACCAAAGAUAAACUCGAUGAUAAUCCAUCUGCACUUGCUGUUUCACCAAAUGGAUUACACUUAAUUAUUGGCUAUCAAAAAGGAAAAUACGUGAUCUAUGAUACAAAGUUAGGCAUGAGAAUCAUAAAUAACAAAGUGAAUUCCGAUAAAGUCAUCAAAUCAAUCGUAUUUUCCGAAGAUUCAUCAUCAUUUUUCUUAAUUACAGAAGAUACUUAUUACCAACUUGAAUUAAGACCAUCGCUAUCAAGCACACAAGCCGUAUUACUAUCUGAAACCAAGAAUAUCAGUGUUUCGGAUAUUUAUUGCACAAAUAAACUUCGUUCUUUCUUCAUUUUAGUCGAAAACUCGAGGUGCACAUUAUUUACAGAAACCAAGAAGAUCACUUUGCUCGAUCCUUAUGGCCAGGCAAGCCAAAAUUCGUUUAGAUUACGUGCAAUUAAUAAUUUCGAAGUUGUUACAUUCAUAAUUUACAGUAAAACCACUAUUUGGCUUUACGAAUUCUCAUUAAAUGGUGACAACAUGCUUGGAAAAAAUUAUCAAAACCAAGCUCGCUACAAUCGUGAUUUUGAUCAAGAGAUUACGGAUGCAUUCCUGUUCAGAGGAGGAAUUGCCGCUGUUGUAUUUAAGAAUCAUGUGAAUUCUUCGAUAUUAAUUUUAAAUAAGCUCGGACAUCCUCUACGCCUCAUUCAGAACAACGAAAUCAACUUAGCAUUGAAUGAAACAUUCUUACGCUUCGUACAGAACCAAACACUUUACUUUAUGAGCACAAAAAUUUUAUAUCGUCUUAAAUUCAUCAGUUGGAAGCAAUUAAUACAUUUCCAUGGCGACAAACGUCAAUACGAUGAGAUAUUUAACAUCGCGAUUAAUGUCUACAAAGGAAGUAACAUCCAAUAUUUCGAUGUUCCGAUUUCCACCCGUGAAAGGUGCACAGCCGUCCAGGAAGAAGUUCUUCCAUUCCUAGAAGCCGCGUUGAAGGAGUCCAUUGAGAACAUUUACCCAGGAGACGACCAAUUAGAAAUACAAAGGUCCGUUGAAGAGCAAAUCAGCAUUUUCAAGACUGCUUCCAAGCUGGACAUGAAUCGCUUCAUCACUGGCAAGGCUACAAAGGAUCUCUACAAGGGAUACGACCGAUUAGAUUUUUAUUAUAAAUAUAUUUUCCCAGAAAUCAUCACAUUGGCAGGAAAAUCCAUCCAGAACUUCGAAUCCAUCAAAGAUUUCCUUGACAUUGCUAACAAAGAAGCAAUUGACCAGAAAAUCAAACUGAUUGAACCUAAAAAUGUUGAAACAAAGCAGAGAAGUAUUGAACCAUCGAAUACAUUCAACAAAGGAUCAUUUUUGGACAUGAUAAAGAGCGGAAUCACUGCAUCAAUCAUUGGAAAGAACAUCAAAGGUGAUGAACCAGAGAAAAAGAUCACAAAAGAAGAAAUUUCCAAAGCAAAAGAUGAAGCUGAGUCAAUCAUGUCUCAGAGCAAAUUAGUUCUUGAACAAAAUGAUAACAAAGUAACAGAAGAGAAACCAAAAGAGACUGUUGAAGAAAAUGAAAACAAAGAAUUUGUUGAGGAAAACAAAGAAAAAACAGAAGGACUUCCAAAAGAAACAGAAGAAAAACCAAAAGAAAUUGUUGAAGAAAACAAAGAAAUUGUUGAAGAAAAUGAAAACAAAGAAAUUGUUGAAGAAGAACAAGCAAAGCCAAAGCAAAUGUUGAAUUCAGGAAAGCAAGAUAUAACUGAUGACAGUGAUGGUUACUACUCAACUGAUUACUACUCUGAAUCUUCAAUCAAAUUGGAACAGUCAACUAAAGAAAAACCUAAAGAAACAGAAGAGAAACCAAAGGAAGAACCUCAAAAAGAAACUGAACAAAAGACUGAAGAAGAAAAACCAAAAGAAGAAACAGAGGAAAAACCAAAGGAAUCAGAAGAAAAAGUUGAAGAACCAAAGGAAGAUUCAACUAAACAAGAAACUGAAGUAGUUGAUCAACCAAAACAAGAAGAGAAACCAUCAGAAGAACCUCCAAAGGAAACUGAAGUAGUAGAAGAGAAACCAAAAGAGGAAACUGAAGAAACUGACCAACCAAAAGAUGAAGAAAAACCAUCAGAACAAACUGAAGAAAAACCCAAAGAAGAAGAAUCAGUUAAAGAAGAGAAUCAAGAAAAACCACAAGAAACUGAAGAGAAACCAAUAGAAGAAGAAAAAGCUGAGGAGACACAAAAACAAGAAGAAGAAUCUGUUGAAGAAGAGAAACAUGAGAAAGAACCUCAGACAGAAGAAGAGUCAAAGAAAGAAGAGAAACCAAAAGAAGAAGAAUCAGUUAAAGAAGAAGAAAAACCAGCAGAAAAUGAACAAAAUGUUGAAGAAGAAGAGAAACAUGAAGAAUCAGAACCAAAAGAAGAAACUAAUGAAAUAGAGCCAAAGAAUGAAAUUGUUCAAACAAGAGAAAUCAAAAUUGAUCAAGAAAAUCCGAAUUAUUCAAGUGGACCAGAGUAUUACUCUUCAUCUGAAGAAGAAUCCGAACAAGAGAAACCAAAAGAAGAAAUUCCUCCAAAUGCAGAAGAACAAAAACAAGAAGAAACAGAACAAAAACAAGAAGAAACAGAACAAAAACAAGAAGAAAUUCCAGAAAAACCAAAAGAAGAAGAGAAAACUGAAGAAAAUGGAGACAUUUUUGCAAAUAUCGAAGUUCCUCCUAAAGAAGAAGAUGAAAUUGUUGUUCCUGAAAUAGACAUUGAUGCUCAAGUAGAAAUUCCUGAACCUCCACAACCAGAAACAGAAGAAAAACAAACAGAAAAUGAACAAAAACAAAUAGAGUCAGAAGAAGAAAAAACAAUUGAAUUAGAACCUCCACCGGAAGAAGAGGAAGAAACAAUGCAAAAACAAGAAGAGAACAAACCAUCAGUAUUUAUUGUAGAAGAUCCAGUUUCUAAAUCAUCAGAACAAGAAAAUGAAGAACAAGAACAACAAAAAGAAGAAUCAAAAGAAGAAGAAGAUUAUGAAGAAGAGGAGGAAGAGGAAGAAAAAGAAGAUCCAAUAAUAACAGAAGCCAAAAGAUUACUUUAUGAAGAAAAUGGACCUCAAUUUCCACAAAAAACACUUGCAACUCAAUACGAAAUGGUCAAAAACCUUUCUUACGACAUCUACCAAUAUUCCAGAGAGAACCAUUACGCGGAGACACUUUCAUAUCUCUGGGUUUCCUGCUACAACGAUGUCAUUGCAAUCUGUACAUAUCUCCAGAAAGCAAACAAACUUUACGAAUUCAUUUACAAAGCUUUCAUUGAGAAUCCUUCCGAAUUCGACUCCAAGAACAUCAAACUAAUCAUUGCUUGGCUUUACACACCUCUCCCUGUUCCAGGCAAGCAAGAGAAGAGGUGUUCCAGACUCCAGCCAUUGAUAGAAAGACCUGAUUCAAAGAUGUGUGACAUCAUCAUGUUGAUCAUUGGAUUUGGAAUUGUCAGAUUCAGAGAUGGAAGCAAUUUAACUCCAGAACUCAUUGUUUCUCAGACAAUUCUCGUUCUCAGUGAUUGCGAGUACAAAUACGUCAGUCCUAUCUUAGAUAACAUCGCGAGUUACACAGCAGACCACGUCAGAACAUUCCCUCUUUGCGUUGUACAGAUGUUAGUUCGCUGGAUUUUCUCAAGCCAAGGAAAUGUCGAUGCCAGACAAACAUUGUUGAGAACAUUGUCAGCGAAUUACAGGGAUAUUAUCAACAUCGAUUCCGUUGAUUCUAUUCUCAUUCCUCACUGCAUAAGAUGUGGUUUCAUUGACAUUGUUCUUAAAGUUUAUUCAAACAACGCUUACUCAGGAAUUGAAGACGUAAAGAACGCGAAAAUGACCACAGAAAAAUGCAAGAAAAUCAUUGAAGCAUAUAUCAUGUCCACUGACAAUAGAAAGAAAGUCUUCAAUACCAUCAAUGAGUUCAUCAAAUCCUCAAACAAACAAGCAAUGUCUGAAGCUGUUUUCAGUGAAGAAAUCUUCAGAGCAUUGAUAUUAAUUGAUAACAUACAAAGUGUUGAAUUAUUGACACAGAAAGAGAACUGGAAAGAAAUACACAGGAAUAUCAUAUCAAACAAAUGUAAUAAACCUGAUGUUGUUGUCUACAAAUACUUAAGUGCUGUUGCUAAACUAAAAGACAAAUACCAGAUCUUCAGAGAAAUAUUCAGUGAUCCACAAAUCCAAUCUGUUUAUUUCAAGUCUGUCUGUAUUUACGAGAAAGAAAACGCACUCAGUUUGUUGAAAGAAGGCGUAAUUAUGGAGAACGAAGAAGAGUUCAACAAAGGAAAGUCUUCUUAUUUGGAUAUCUGCAUAGAAAACCAUGUUGUCGAUGCUUGUAUCCACAUUUAUUCUCUUCACACUGAUAUUCCUCACGCGAUUGAAUUACUCGGGAAAGAAAUCGAGAGAGAAUUGUUUAUCACGAUGGAAAAAGAGUGUGGAAAAGAGAUGAAUAUUAAAUCAAUUGAUAGAGUUCCUUCUGAACCCAAGUUAAAGAAGGCAUUGGCCAAUUUGGACAUGGCAUUCCAGUUACUCGCGAAAUCUCCAAGACAAGGAGCUGCUUUGGAUCAAAUUUGGAAGAAUUUGUUCCUCGGAUUUAAGUUGCCGAUGUAUCUCAGCCAGAAAGAGAAAUACAGGUCAUUAAGCCAAGGAAUCUCUUUAUUCUUCAGCUACUUCAUUGUACAGAUCAUCGCGAGAUCAACUCCUGAAUUGGCUUUGGACAUUUUAUCAAAUGAUUUCCAGUUUUUGAACACUGAUCAAAACAGAUUAAUUUUCGAGAGCGUUUUUAGAUACUUGAAUUAUCAAAACGUUCUUUCAAACAAUGUCGAAGACAUGCUCAUUGUCGACUGCAAGAGUUUGAGACAGGGCAUUGGUUUCAUGUCUUCCCAAGCGAAUACAGCUUUCGAAGUUGUUUGCGCUGCUUGCGGACAGCCAAUUACUGGCGCCGGAGGAAUUGGAAUGAGAAUUUAUAAAUGCGGACAUUGUUUCCACGCAAAUCCUCAAUGCGGAUUACAUACAUCAUGUCCAAAGUGUUGCGCAACAUCUAAUGAUAUAAAGAAGGAAGCUGACUUGGAGAAUGACUUGAACAUGAAUAAGAAGAAAGGAUCAACAACAAGAAUGACAAGAGGAAUGAUGGGAAAGAUCAGACAGUUGGAAAGAGUUGAAUACAGACUGAAAAGAACUUACGGAAAGGAUCAUGAUGAAAGAACAGGCGGAAACAAUGUAUACUUCAUGCAGGAAUACCAUAUGCCUAAGACAAAGAAGAUCCAAAUGAAAGUUGCUACUCAACUCAAAGUUAGAAUUACUGAUACUGUUUUGGAACUUUAA